AUGUUCAGUCGUCGUCAACUUCGUCGUAGUCUACUGUUUGUCUGUUCAUUAUCUAUUAUAAUCGUAGUUUGUUUAAUGGUAUUUCGCGAUAGUAUUUCACCAUCAAAAUUCUCAACGAUCGAUGAUAUCUUACACUCGCAGGAAGCAACAAAUGUACAUUCAAAUUAUAAACAUGAUGAUCAUUCCCACCAACGGUUUCCAUAUGUAACAAAAAGGAAUAGGCGUAGGUAUUCAUUCUUAAAGUUAAAUAAAACAUUUGUCGAUAUUAAACCACAUCAAACCAAAUUACCAUUAACAUUAGCACCAUCAUCUACUGUUGAUCAAUUCAAUAACCAAAAAUCACAAACACCAUUAUCGCACUAUAAAGUAGUGCAGCCAAAAGAACGACCUCGUCGUUUAAAACAACAAGAACUUGGUCGGCAAGAAGAUGAACAAGUUAACAAACGUCUGAUCAAUGUUGAUAUAUCUCAUCAAUCACAACUUCAACCAAAUCACUAUUCUAAAACGCAAUUUAAACAACCUGAAAGUGCAGUUGCAUCGUUCGAUACAUAUCGUUUACCAUUAAAAAAUGCUAAUAUUUUAAAUAUGACAAAUGUAGAACGUUUUGUUCAUCUUGAUUUGAAAGGUGCAGCACCUAAAAUCGAUUAUUUCAAACAAUUAUUUCCAUUAUUGAAAAAAUUGGGCGCUAGUGGACUUCUAAUUGAGUAUGAAGAUAUGUUUCCAUUUAAAGGAAAUUUGAAAUCAGUUGUACAUGGAAAACAUUAUACAGAAACAGAUAUCCAACAAUUAUUACAAGCAGCAAAAGAAAAUGAUUUAAAAAUAAUGCCACUAUUGCAAACUUAUGGACAUCUAGAAUAUGUAUUGAAAUUAAAAGAAUUUAUGCAUUUAAGAGAAGACAGACGAUAUCCACAAGUUAUCUCUCCAUGUUUACAAGAGUCAUACACUGUUCUAUUUGGUAAGUAUAAAUGCAUAUCAUGUCCAAUUUGA